AACAACCUGGAGACCUCUGCCCUGCAAUUCUCAUACUUGUUCUCCAUGUUAACUUUCCUUAUUAUUUUGUUGCAUUGGAGCUUCGAUUAAUUCGGGCGAUGAGCGUAUCACGCCACCGCCAUAGACCUUUUCCGAUUUUCACAUUUCUUUUGCUGAUUUCUUCUCUACUACUAAUUAUUUCAGCUUUACCCUUAAUUAACCCAACUAUUUUUUGUGAAGCAGAACCAGUAUUCCUUAAUGGGCAGCAGAAACUCAGUGGACCGGGUUCAUCGCCCCCAACGUGUAGAUUCAAGUGCGGACGUUGUUCACCAUGUAAACCGGUUCGAGUCUCGGUUCACCCCGGUUUUACUUUUACUUUAGAGUACUACCCUCAAGCUUGGAGGUGCAAGUGUGGCAACAAACUCUUCAUGCCUUAACAAGUGAUACAUAUUAUUGGAGUAAAUUUAAUUAGACUUUAUUAACUCUUCUUAUUGUAAAAAAAUUUGUAAUUUCUAGAUUUGUUUUUCUUUUUUUUUUUCAAGAAAAUUACACUUCUCUUCGUAA